AUCUCGGCGUUUCCAGCGCUUCCUACUAUGGCAUCUCACUUGCUGACACACAUGGUGACCUUGUGUAGCGAACCCGAGCUAACGAGAUCCGUGCUUUGCUUUGGCCAGACAAUACACUCGUUUCCCCCCUCAUGUUGCUUGGGAUACGCCUUGUACUUGUUGGGAAGACGCCGUUUAUAGCUGAUUACUUCUUCUGUCACAUUCAUUCCAGUUGUCUGUCAGUUUGCCGCCUAUGAUCCUAUAUAAUGCGUCGCAGUCCUAAAACCCAUCGAUAUUUCCGUGCAAUUAUUCAACACCAUGUCGCCAUUUGUUGACUAACAUCCGACUCUAUUCUCGGCCAACCAAACUUGAAGCAUGGAUGACUUGGGCGGUAUUUUAUCCCCUGAAGAGCUGCUCUUCAAUACAGUGCACUGCUGGGAGGAUGUUAGACGUCAAGGACCCGAAAUGAUGCGACCGCCCCGGAAAUUCCGCGAAGUCACUCUCCACGCUGAUACCGAGAACGACCAACCUGAUGCGGUAUCAUCGAUUCACGUUCCAAUGCAGCGGGUAUAUACCUGUACAACGUACCCCGUCCUAACAACCUAUUACGCCAAUCAGCCCUGCACCGAUUUUACCGCUGCUACGCUUCUCAAUGAACUCAAUAGCUUCCUCGGAACCUCGGAAAGACGCUCCCGUACUCGACAUUCUUUUUUGGAUACCUACAUCUCAAGGAGUUAUGAUUUUGGCACCACACUUGGCCAUCUCCGCUCACUUUGGUACGACGACAUUAAUACUCUGGCAAACACACUGCGAAUCCGCGAAGCGGAAGACCAUGCAAUGCGACAGAAGGCGCUUGCUAAUUCACGCAUUAUCAACCCAAAGACCCCCCCUCGACGUGUCUGGGAUCUCUAUAGUAAUAGAGUGGUGCCGUACUGGGUUAUCAGGAGUACGAUGAGGUCGAAGCUUUGGGCAAUAUCACAUGCUUGGAUGGAUGAGCACGAUCGUUCGAAUGUGAUGACGCCCAUCAAUGGACGCGAAUGGCCCGUGCCCAUGCCCAAAGGUUCCAGCCUGAAUCUCAUCCGCAUCGAGAUGCUGGGUAAGGGAGCGGAGUAUGUGUGGUUGGAUGUCCUCUGUUUGAGACAGAAGGGCGGGAAGAGGGAGGAUCUGCGCGAGGAAGAGUGGAAACUCGAUGUGCCUACCAUCGGGCACGUCUAUCGCAUGGCUACGAAGGUGGUGUACUACUUUAGCGGGCUGGGUCUGCCUUUCAGAUUUGAAAUAGACAGCCUGCAAAGCAAGCGGUGUUGGUUCAAUCGUGCUUGGACGCUACAAGAGAUUGGCAGGAAUAGGAUUGUUGGUGGGCUUACGGAUGGUACUCCUUCGAGGAGCGCCAUGCAGACGAGCAGGGAGGAUCAUCACGCAGGGGACAGACUCAGAACAUUUUACCAGAAACUGGGGUGUUUCGAGAACCUCUCCUCCACCACCCACAAUGUAGUUCAUGCCCUGGCGCUGAUGCAGGAUCGCGUGUCGCAGAACCCUGUAGACAAAAUAGCAGGGCUCGCAUUUCUUCUGGAGUCGAACACAAUACCAGCGUACUACGAGACGCAGUCUGUCGAGGAUGCCUGGACGGCGCUGGUGAAUACGAUGCAGAAGAGGUAUCGUGCUCAACUGCUUUUUUUAUAUCCAAAUCCCGGCGACGGAGACACAAGGUGGAGACCAUCAUGGAAACAGGUCAUGGCCGAGGUUCCGUCGUUUGAAGAGGACCCAUGCGUCUACGGUGACCUUCGUUGGGAUGAGAAGAUGAAUGUUGACACGUUUAAAGGAUACUGUAUAUGGAGUGGCGGCUAUGUGCGAGGGCUGGCUGUGGGAAACCCAGAAGGAGGAUUGCGACACGGAGAACUACUUGUUAGAGAUUGGCGAAGGAAGCUUCACACAUUCCAAAUCGUCGCUACCCACCAGCAUCCCAUACCUGACGGCCCAUAUUCACUGUUAAGUAACAACGGACUAGGAGUGCUGUAUUCGGACAAGCAUUGGGUAGCUGGGAAAAUGCGGCCUGGGAAGGUAGGCCCGAAAUUCGAGAAAGUAUCGGUGUUCGAACUUCCUGAUGAAGAAGAACUAUUGAGACUGAUCGCGCUGGGCCUCGCCGAAAGGGGGCGUAUUAGUCUGAUGUGAUCCCGAUGAAAUAGUUAAAUAAUCGCUUUAAAGUCGUCGAAAUGUGUAUCCGAUAAGCAACCAUUAUUAUCGUAAGCCAGUGAUGGCAGUGAGAAUAGUCAUGACGGCUUAUCUUUCCCUGCGCAGUGACCUCCUCGUGCCAAGGUAUUCCGUAACACCGACAGAAUAAAUUUGAUCAUGGCAGAUCGCAAGGACCACCUUUUUGUUACAGUGUGGUAGAAAAUCAAGAGUUUUCACCUGGAUGGUGCUGAGUGAGUUACUGAC